AUGGUUUUAGCGUGAAGGUUUUAGUUGUUUUUCUUUAGUAUCCUGUUGACUGUGUGAGUUUUAACAUGGGGCUUACUAUUACGUCGCUGUUUUCCAAACUCUUCGGCGAGAAACAGAUGAGAAUACUAAUGGCUCAGUAUUUCCUAAUCAUAGAAACAGCAGCCGUGAUGCUUUAGUUUGGUCUGGAUGCCGCUGGUAAAACAACUAUUCUCUACAAACUGAAGCUGGGAGAAAUUGUAACAACCAUACCAACCAUUGGUUUUAAUGUGGAGAUGGUUGAAUAUAAGAAUAUUAGCUUUACUGUAUGGGAUGUUGGUGGUCAGGACAAAAUCAGACCCUUAUGGAGACAUUACUUUCAGAACACACAGGGCCUUAUAUUUGUAGUAGACAGUAAUGACAGAGAACGAAUAGAAGAAUCAGCAGAAGAGCUCUCUAAAAUGCUGCAAGAGGAUGAAUUGAGAGAUGCAGUUCUCUUAGUGUUUGCUAACAAACAAGACAUGCCAAAUGCCGUGGGAGUGAGUGACUUGACAGAUAAAUUAAGCCUACACAAUCUACGGAGUCAGACUUGGUACGUUCAGGCCACGUGUGCCACCCAAGGAACAGGACUUUACGAAGGGCUGGACUGGCUAUCCAAUGAACUAUCAAAGCGUUAACAUGGAAGGAAAACAGGACCAGAAUGGAGAAACAGAUGAUGCCAAAUGAACAUUGCAGGAAAACAUUUUGAAAUGUUCUGUGUCUGUUGGUUUCAACUUGACUUUAAGCAAUCGUUUCCUGUCCUAAAGCACUUUUCUGUAUUUUUCUUCCCCAUUUAUCCUUCCCCUUUUUUUAAAACUUACUUGAACUAUUACAGCCUUUUAAGACAUAUAUAAUGAAAUAUGGGGGAGUCUUUAGAUGGUUUUAAUGAUGAUGAUAAAUAUCGUGUAUUGGGGUUUAAAGCAUACAUGAUUUGAAAAUAAUGGCCUUUGA